AGGAGGUGGAGCGGCGCCCUCGGAGGCCGGCCUCUUUGCGCGCCGGAGAUGCUGCUGCUGCUGGCGCUGGAAGGAAGGAGUCGAGCGGUGACGGCAGCGGCGGCUGCGCAGGGCCCUCGUCACGGCCUUGGCAGGGCUACUGAGGGGGCCUGGCGGCCGGAGAAACAGGCAGGCGGACACCUGCUGUCAUCCCCGCCUCGGGGUCGUGGUGUAGCGUUAGCCAAAACACUUCGGAGGCUGCGGCGGGCGCUUGGGAAGCGGCGGGCGCUUGGGAAGCGGCGGGUGGGCUCCACGGCAAUCCAGCUUCGCUGGCUCCAGAGUCAGCCGUCUUUGGGCGCACGGCAGCGGAGGAGAGCAGGGAGCCCGCCGGAUUGACAGCGUGAAUGAAAGUUUGGUCCGAAUUCCGCGCCGGGGACUCCAACCGUCAUGUUAAGAUAAAACAGAAAGGCGCAGUGCUGAACAUGCUAAAGAGGUUAGACAAAAUAAGGUUCAGAGGUCACAAGAGAGAUGAGUUCCUUGAUUUAGCAGAGUCUCCCAAUGCUUCAGACACUGAAUGUGGAGAUGAAAUUCCUAUGAAAAUACCUCGUACGGCAGGCAAAGACAAUGAUGAAUUGAGAGACCCUGCUGGUCCUGGGACCAUCAUCAUGGCUUCAGGAGCCCAGGAUUAUAACAGAACAGAGUCUGACAGAUUAAAUGAGAUCAAAGGCCAUCUGGAAAUUGCCUUACUGGAAAAACACUUUCUGCAGGAGGAGCUCAGGAAGCUGAGAGAAGAAACGAAUGCUGAAACAUUGAAACAAGAGCUAGAAAAAGAACGUCUGAGGAGGAUAGAACUGGAACAAAAAGUCAAUGAAAUACUUAAAACAAGAACAGAAGAACCACCUCCUGCUCAGCAACCCCCAAAAGCACAGACACAAGCCAAUGGAACAGAUAAACGUAGCAACAUGAUGUGUUCACGAGUUCAGAAGUGGGUUUAUGACAAAUUUGGGGAAUAUAUUGAAGACUUCAGAUUUCAACCAGAAGAAAAUACAGUGGAAGCAGAAGAACCACUUAGUGCUAGAAGGCUUACAGAAAAUAUGAGAAGAUUAAAGAGAGGUGCCAAACCUGUCACAAAUUUUGUGAAGAAUCUUUCUGCCUUAUCAGACUGGUAUUCUGUCUACACUUCUGCUAUUGCCUUUAUUAUCUACAUGAAUGCUGUAUGGCAUGGCUGGGCCAUUCCUAUGUUCUUAUUUUUAGCAAUUUUGAGGUUAUCCCUAAAUUACCUCAUAGCCAGAGGUUGGAGAAUACAGUGGAGUAUUGUGCCUGAAGUUUCUGAGCCCAUUGAACCUCCAAAGGAAGACCUAACAGUGUCAGAAAAGUUCCAGCUUGUUCUGGAUGUGGCACAAAAAGCACAGAAUUUAUUUGGUAAAAUGUCAGACAUACUGGAAAAAAUUAAAAACUUGUUUAUGUGGGUCCAGCCUGAAGUAACGCAAAAGCUGUAUAUCGCUUUGUGGGCAGCAUUUAUAGCAUCCUGCUGUAUUCCAUACAGGAUAAUUGGCCUUUCAAUGGGACUUUAUGCAGGAAUCAAAUUUUUUCUUAUCGAUUUUGUCUUCAAACGAUGUCCAAGGCUACGAGCAAAGUAUGACACUCCUUAUAUCAUUUGGUUAAACUUACCCACUGAUCCUCAACUCAAAGAGAGGGCUAAUGCUACAGUAUCAAGACGGCUAUCAGGGCAUGAAAAGCUUCAAACAGCAACCUCGCGAAGUUGUGUAGGCUCAAGUGCCCCAAUGGGAGUAAGCAGAGAUGAAGACAGCAGCCGUUUUCAUACCACUAAGAGAGGCAACUUCCAUGAAGUAUUUAAUUUAUUAGAAACGGAGCGUCCUUUGGCAGUGUGUGAAAAUGGCUGGCGCUGCUGCUUAAUUAACAGAGACAGGAAGAUGCCCACAGACUACAUUAGAAAUGGAGUGCUUUAUGUCACAGAAAAUUACUUGUGCUUUGAAAGUUCCAAAUCUGGUUCAUCUAAAAGAAAUAAAGUUAUAAAAUUAACAGAUAUAACGGAUAUUCAAAAGUACAAAGUGCUCUCUGUUCUUCCAGGAUCUGGCAUGGGUAUUGCAGUAUCCACACCAUCCACACAAAAACCUUUGGUGUUUGGUGCCAUGGUACACAGAGAUGAAGCUUUUGAGACUAUUUUCAACCAGUACAUGAAGAUAACUUCUGCAGCAUCCACCAGUGAAAGCUAGUAUAUCACCAUUGAUUCUCCUGGGGAGACUUUAUUAAUUUUACUUGGUAGUGAAUAAAAGGUGGAACACCCUUCAUCAGUUCUGCAAUAAUUUUCUUUAUUGCAUAUGUCUUAAGUUACAUAAGUGUAUUUUAUAUAUGCCUUCCAUGUUUUUGUUUUUUAAAGCUUUUGUAAAAAAGAAAAAAGAAAAAGACAGUGAAAGUGCUAUCAUCACUAUUAGCCUUGCACAUUAAGCACUUUUAAUGUUUAUUUUACGGACUUUAAAAAGCUUAGGAAGAUACUUGGCAAAACUGGCUUGAGGACAGACUGAGGAAGUUGGCUUGUCCUACUCUGAAAUCACAGGAUGUGACGGUACUUUUUCUGCUCUGGGUUCUGCACACAAUCCUAUUGCACAGGUCCUAUUGAUUUCAGUGGCAUUUCUGUACAUGUAAUUGAGUGCAGGGUUGCAGCCUGACUUUGCGAAACAUGUCAACAACAUGCUUAUGAGAGCCAUUUAACAAUCAGUAUAUAGAUAAUAAUAAUUAAAGGUAUGACUACCAGAAGUUAUACUGCAAGUAAAUUUUCUUACUAACACCCGUACCUUUUCAAAGAAUAUCUGUCUUUGGGAGACUGUUGUACUGAGGAAUAAUCAUUUCUUGCAAUGAAAGUUGGCUGGCUUCUUCAUUUUCUCUCUCCCUUGUGUAUCCUUCUAAGAAAAUAAAGCCACUGUUUUCAACAGAAA